AUGGCUUAAUAAUUAGGAUUUUUCAAGUUUGAUUUUAAUCCAUAUGACUAUGAAUAUAAAAAGUAUCUAAAAGAUUAAGUAUAUUAAGAUACUUCGCCAUUAUUUUGCGUACCACCAUAUGGUUAUUAAAAUUUUGAAUUCGCUAAUUAUCACAAAAAGUAAUAAUAGGCGUUAGAGUCUCUAAAUAAAAAAUCUUAAUAUAUCAAGAAGGCUUAUACUGAUGGACCUUUUACAUAAGCAGAAUAAGUAGAUAAAGAAGAAGACCUUUGGACUGCAUUCUUUCAGUAGAAUAAUUAAAUGGGUGCUGGACUCGACAUUUUUAAUGAUAUUUAUGAAAAUAUCCAAAUAAAUUAAAUUGAUCAAGAAGAAGAAUAGGUUUAAAUACUCAACUGGUGGGAAAUAAAGGACUAAAAGCAGGAAAGACUUGAAUUAUUUACAGAGGAAGAAGCAUAACAGGCAUUAGAAAAAGAUAGAAUUUUAUAUGGACUUGGAUUUGUUCAUAAUUAAGAAGAAUAAUUUAAUAAUAUGCUGGAAUUUGAGGCUAACUAUUAGUAAAAUAUUCGAUAAUAAAAUUAAAAUCAUAAGUUCAAUACUGAUGAAAACUCAAAUUCCGAAAGAGGUUAAGAGUUUCGCAAUAAUAAAAAAUUGAAAUCAGCUCUAAAACAUUCGUCAAUUGAUACUCAAAAAAAGGAUUAAGUUGCAAAGCAAAUCUCAUCAAGAACUUUAGAGGAAGAUGAGAGGUAAAACAUUUUAUAAAACUUAUUAAUCUAAUCCUUUUCCAGAAAACUAAAUCUCCCAUGCUAAGAUAAUCAAAACUUAGCCACUAAAAAAGCAUUCUAAAGAUCGAACUAAAGAAACCUGUCUAAAUUUAGACAUGAUGAUGUAGUUGAAAUUAACUCAACUGGAACAUUCGAAUCAGAAAGUGAAUUUGGGCAAGAGGUAAAAAGUCCAAGAUCCCCUUACAUACCAAAGGAUAAAAAUAUUGAAGAAUUUGAUUUAAAAAAGCGAGAGCGAAAAAGAUAAGAUAAAACUAUUAAGAAAAAUGUUAGAUUUGCAUUAGAUGAGGAGCAAACAGCCGAAGAAACUCCACAAAAAGUAAUAUCAGCUAAAUCAGCCCGUAAAACUCUAAGAUCGUAACAAUGA